AUGGCUGCACCACUGAUGACCGUGUCCGAAUCCAAGGACCUCCGUGGUCUCAACCUCAUCGCCGCGCAUUCGCACAUCCGCGGUCUCGGCGUCGAUGCCACCAGCCUCGAGCCCCGCGCCGCGUCGCAAGGCCUGGUAGGCCAGGAAAAGGCUCGCAAGGCCGCCGCCGUGAUUCUGCAGAUGAUCAAGGAUGGCAAGAUUGCCGGCCGCGCCGUGCUCAUCGCUGGCCCGCCCAGCACCGGAAAGACCGCCAUCGCAAUGGGCAUGGCGCAGUCUCUCGGCCCCGACGUCCCCUUCACCUCGCUCGCGUCGUCCGAAAUCUUCUCCCUCGAAAUGUCCAAGACCGAGGCGCUCACCCAGGCCUUCCGCAAGUCCAUCGGCGUCCGCAUCAAGGAAGAGAGCGAAAUAAUGGAGGGCGAGGUCGUCGAGAUCCAGAUCGACCGGAGUGUCACGGGCAGCGCCAAGCAGGGCAAGCUGACCAUCAAGACGACCGACAUGGAGGCCGUUUACGACAUGGGCAGCAAGAUGAUCGACGCCAUGACCAAGGAGCGUGUCAUGGCUGGCGACAUCAUCUCCAUCGACAAGUCGUCGGGCAAGAUCACCAAGCUCGGCCGGUCGUACGCCCGGUCCCGCGACUACGACGCGAUGGGUGUCGACACCAAGUUCCUGCAGUGCCCCGACGGCGAGCUUCAAAAGCGCAAGGAGGUGGUCCACACCGUUACCCUGCACGAGAUUGAUGUCAUCAACUCGAGGACGCAGGGCUUCCUCGCCCUGUUCUCCGGCGACACGGGCGAGAUCCGCAGCGAGAUCCGCGAUCAGAUCAACACCAAGGUGGGCGAGUGGAAGGAGGAGGGCAAGGCUGAGAUCGUCCCCGGCGUUCUCUUCAUCGACGAGGUGCACAUGCUCGACAUCGAGAGCUUCUCGUACAUCAACCGCGCGCUGGAGGACGAGCUGGCGCCCGUCGUCAUCAUGGCCAGCAACCGUGGCAAUUCUCGCAUCCGCGGCACCGACUACCGCAGCCCGCACGGCCUGCCGCUCGACUUCCUCGACCGCGUCGUCAUCAUCAACACGCACCCCUACUCGGGCGACGAGAUUAAGCAGAUUCUGACGAUCCGCGCCCAAGAGGAGGAGGUUGAUGUGUCUCCCGACGCCCUCGCACUGCUCACCAAGAUCGGCCAGGAGGCGGGCCUGCGCUACUCCAGCAACCUCAUCAGCACCUCACAGCUCGUGUCGGCCAAGCGGAAAGCCAAGCAGGUGUCGGUGGAGGACGUCCAACGCAGCUUCCAGCUGUUCUACGACUCGGCCCGCAGCGUCAAGUUCGUGUCCGACUCAGAGAAGAAGCUGAUUGGCAACGACGGCGCCGUGGACCUGUCGGUGACGAACGGGACGACGGGCGAGGAGAAGAUGGACCUCAGCUAG